GUGCAGAAGCUGAGUGAGGGCAGGAUGUGUGAAGGGCCAUCCAAGAUCUCCGGGCCCAUUCCUCCAGACCCUACUCUCUUCCCAGACUAUUACAAACGGCCCUUCUCAGCUCGAGGGAGGCUGGAAGGGAAUGUGCAGCAGCUGGAUUUUACCUCCGGCCCCCUGAGCCCAUAUCCCACUUUGGGCAGUGCCCGCCAGGUCCAGCCAGCCCCUCGCAUCCAUCCCAGUGGAAGGGACAUUCUGGAAAAAGGGCGAAAGGGAACAGUCGGUCUCUUGCUGCAGCUCGAAGGGAUCUCCCUUGACAGGGACCUGCCAGUGAAGAGUGAGUACAACGACCAAAAGAAGGAAAACGUGAGGAGAAUAAAGGAGAUUCAGAGGAAGUGCAAAGAGAAGGAGCGAACCCGUGAGCACAGCCAGCCCAAGCCUGUGAAGGCUCUGUGGAAAUCCCAGAAAUAUGACAACGUGGAGUCAAAGGUGAAGGCCAAACUUCAGGAAAGCUCCCCACCUCCAAUCCCAGAGGCUUUGAAAUACCUGAAGGCAUAUUCCCGAUGUGGCCCCGGGAUCAAGCCGUGCAGGCCGCUGUCUCCAAGCCUUGCCAGGAUGAGAGCAGGGGCGGACACGGAGGCUGCGGAGGCAGGAGGGGCCAAAGCCAAGAUGCAGGUGGAGGGCAGGAGUGUUGACUUCAUCAAACACAACGCCCUCAACGCCAAGCGGGCCCCGCUGUGGCGCUCCCAGUCCCUGCAAACCCUGGCCGAGCUGCUGGAACAGAAGCACCGGGAGCAGGAAGAGUACAACGCCAAGCAAAAGGGCCACGUACCCCAGUACCUGCUGCAGAGGAAGGAGCUGUGGCGCAGGCAGCUGGAGGAGCAGCAGCGAAACCUGCCAGACCCUGACACACCGCCAGGUCAUGCCCGGAUGCCCGAGGAGCAGCGGCUGGAGACCCUCAGCAACCUGAAGCAGAGCCAAGAGCAGCUGGUGAAGGAGCUGGUGAUGCUUCCGGUGCGCGCAGACACCCUCAGCAUUCAGAAGAGGCGCAUGGAGCUGGAGAGAAAGCUGUCCCAGAUAGAGGAGGCCCUCAAAAUUUUCACCAGGCCCAAGGUCUUCAUCAAACUGGACUCCUGA